AUCCACUUCGAAGGCUCUGUGCGCACUUAUCUUACCGUUCAUUCGCUUCGCGUGAACAGCGUAGUUAUCGCCGUUGUCGGCGCCGUCAUGUUCUCCGUCUUCUUCUGAGACCGGUGGUCGGCAAAUUCGUGGCUUCAUCUCUGAGGUCUUGAAAUCACUUGCCGUGGAUCGCGCAAUUGAUAUUUUCAAGUUGUCGCAGUUGAAACCGUCUUGGGUGAUCAAUCGAUAUGCGUUGGAGUCUUUUGAGGAAGGGUUGAUGGAUUCCUCUGAGAUUGAAGAGAAAAUUUGUAUUGUUGGCGAUGCGAAGUUACAUGGAGGAAUGUGCAAGAUACUCUCUUUGAUUGUUGGUAAAGUAUUGGAGAUCUUUCCUUUUAUUGAAGCAUCAAGACCACGUAGCAAGUCUGGAAUCCAAUCACUUUGUGCAUUACAUGUUGCUCUUGAUAAGGCCAAAAGUCUUCUUCAGCAUUGCUCGGAAUGCAGCAAACUUUAUUUAGCCAUUACUUGCGACUCCAUUCUCAUGAAAUUUGAGAAAGCAAGAUGCUCUCUCCUAGAUAGUCUUACACGUGUUGAGAACAUAGUCCCUCAAAAUAUUGGUUGUCAGAUUCUGGAGAUUGUUAGUGAGCUACAGAUUACUGUGUUUGAGCUGGAUCAGUCAGAGAAACAGAUUGGAAAUGAUGUGAUUUCAUUACUUCAGAAAGAGAGGAGAGGAAACUGUAGCCCAAGCUGUAAUGAUGAACUUGAAAUAUUCCACCAAGCUGCAUCAAAACUUGGCAUCACUUCUUCUCGUGCAGCACUUGUUGAAAGAAGAGCUCUCAAGAAGCUCAUUGAAAGAGCUCAUGCUGAAGACGAUAAACGGAAGGAAUCCAUUGUCACUUACCUACUGCAUCUUCUGCGAAAGUACUCUAAGCAUUUCAGAGCUGAGACUGCAGAUGAUACAGAUUCCCAGGGAUCAGCUCCUUGUUCUCCUACUGUAUUAGGAUCAUUAGAUGAUAUCUCUCAAACUGGCGAGGUUGCUCAGGCAUUUGAGAAACAGAUUAGUAGUCUCAGCUCAUUCAACUCCAAACAAAGUGGUGUGAUAUUUGGAAACUUGCCUAUACCCCCAGAAGAGUUGAGGUGCUCCAUCUCCUUCCAGCUCAUGUAUGAUCCGGUCAUUAUUUCAUCAGGGCAAACUUAUGAACGUGCUUGUAUUGAGAAGUGGUUCAAUGAUGGACAUCAAACUUGUCCUAAAACUCAGCAACAGUUGCCUCACCUGUGCUUGACGCCGAAUUAUUGUGUCAAAGGCUUGAUUGCUAGCUGGUGCGAACAAAAUGGCGUCCCCCUCCCCGAUGGUCCUCCAGAGUCUCUUGAUGCUAAUUACUGGAGAAUUGUAUUAUCAGAAUCUGAGACAACAGAUACCAGAUCUACAGGGUAUAGGAGCUUGUGCUUACUCAAAGAGACGGAGAUAGUUCCCUUUGAUGCAAGCGGUUCUGUUCAGGAGACCUUAGAGGGAGAGAUGGGUAGUUUCAAUGAUAGUUGUGGUCAAGCAUUUGAAGAAGAUGAGCUUCAGAUAUAUGAGAGCUUGCUUGCUGUACUUUAUGGUGGUGAGAGCAUAAGCAGACAAUGUGAAGCAGUGGAGCAAAUAAGGUUAUUACUAAAGGAUGACGAGGAGGCAAGGAUAUAUAUGGGUGCAAAUGGUUUUGUUGAGGCACUUGUCCAGUUUUUGAAAUCAGCUAUUGAUGAAGGAGACGAGAAGGCCCAGGAAAUUGGUGCCAUGGCUCUUUUCAACAUUGCUGUCAACAAUAACAGGAACAAGGAAAGUUUGUUGUCUUUUGACAUCAUUCCUCUCCUACAGAGAAUGAUCUCCAAUCCUUCAACGCAGCAAUCUGCGACUGCUGUAAUCCUCAACCUCUCUGUCCUUGAUGAAGCAAAACCCAUCAUUGGCGCAAGCCAUGCGGUUCCAUUCCUUGUUCAGUCCCUACAAUCUGACAGCUCCCAGAAUAGCAGCUCCUGCAAGCAUGAUGCCUUGUUCACCCUUUACAACCUCUCCACUCAUCCAUCCAAUAUCCAACCGCUCCUCGAUUCCGGCAUUGUCGGUGCCCUCUUAUCUCUACUUACCUCAAAUGCUCAAGAUGAGGAAGGUUCUGCAUGGGCAGAGAAGGUGCUUACUGUCUUCAUAAACCUAGCAUCAACCCAAGCUGGAAAGAGAGAGAUGGUGUUGACACAAGGUCUGAUAGCAAAUCUUGCCAUGAUACUUGACACCGGUGAGCCUGCGGAGCAGGAGCAGGUUGUCUCAUGCCUUCUGAUUCUAUGCAAUGGCGAUGACUGUUGCAGUCACAUGGUUCUACAAGAGGGUGUAAUACCUGCUCUCGUGUCGGUAUCCGUUAGUGGUAGCACCAAAGGAAAGGAGAAGGCUCAGAAGUUGCUGAAACUGUUUAGGGAGCAGCGGCAGCGCGAUCCUUUAUCAUUUCAGCAAGAGCAGCAAGAGGAUAGCAGUGUUGAGUGCGCAGUAGUACCUGACUCAAAACCACUAUGCAAACCAAGAGCUAAGAAGCUUGGAAGGACACUGAGCUCCAUUUGGAAAAACAGGCAUUUUUCAGUAUAUCAGUGUUAGAAGACAACCAUUGUAUUUAGAGAACUGAAGGGGAAAGGCUCAUAGGUUGCUGAAGCUGUUUAAGGAGUAGCAGCGCAUGAGCCUUCUAUAUUUCAGCAACAGAAGCAGGAGUGAAGUGCAAUUGUGCAAAUCAAGAGCUAAGAUGCUUGGACAGACACUGAGCUCCAUUUUGAAGGACAGGUAUUUUUCAGUGUACCAGUAUUACAACACAACCAUUUGUCUUUAGUUAUAGAACCAGCUAAUAGUCAUGUAAAUGUCUCUUUUAUCUCUUGUGCGACAGAGUACUAUUGUCACCUUCUUCUCUUGGCCUUGAGAAAAAAAGAAAGAAUAGAAAGCAUGUACAGACUUCUUCAUUUAGCAAUUUAGCUUCUUUUUUGUCCUUUCAUGCUGUACUGUAUUCUGUAUAUACCUAAAGUGCUCAAUUUCCUUCUCCUAAAUCUUUAAGAUGCUAUGAAAUAAUGUAUGCUUAUUAUCA